AUGAAGUUCGGCGCUUCCCUGUUGCUUCUGGCAACCUCGGCCUUGGCCAACGAGGUCCAGGAAAGAGGAGAUGGCUAUUAUGGGGGAGAUCAUGGCGGAGGUCAUGGCGGAACCAAGACCUUGACUACGUAUACCACGGUGACUACCUGCCCAGUCACUUCAACCUACACCAAGGAGGGAACCACCUACUGCGUCACGGAACUCACCACCUCGACUAUCGUCGUCACUGACUGUUAUGGCUGCGGCGUCACUACUGUCCAGGGACCCGAUGUCACCAAGACCGAACAUGAUGUUGAGUACACCACUUACACUACCGUCUGCCCUGUGACGGAGACCAAGUACGUCGAAGGCAAGGAAGUCACUGUCGUUUACACCACCACUUCCACUGUCACAGAGGCUGUCAAGACCACCGACUAUGAGUACCACACCAAGCCCGGUAACACAGAGACUGAGACUGCUGUUGAGUAUACUACUUACACCACUGUCUGUCCCGUCACGGAGACCAAGACGAUUGAGGGCAAGCCGACUACUGUCGUUUAUACCACCACUUCUACUGUCACCGAGGCUGUCAAGAGCACUGCUUAUGACUAUUAUACCAAGCCUGGCAACACAGAGACUGAGACCGCUGUUGAGUAUACUACCUACACUACUGUCUGUCCCGUCACGGAGACCAAGACGAUUGAGGGCAAGCCGACCACUGUCGUUUAUACCACCACCUCCGUUGUCACCGAGGCUGUCAAGACCACCGCCUAUGAGUAUCACACCAAGCCCGGUAACACAGAGAUUGAGACUGCUGUCGAAUACUCCACUUACACUACCGUUUGCCCUGUGACGGAGACCAAGUAUAUCGAAGGCAAGCCAACUACCAUCGUUUACACCACCACUUCCGUGGUUACAGAGGCUGUCAAGUCUACUGCCUACAACUACCACACUAAGCCUGGCGAGACAAAGACAGCCGUUGACGUCGAGUACUCUACCUAUACGACCGUCUGCCCUGUGACGGAAACCAAGUAUGUUGAAGGCAAGCCAACUACUAUUGUCUACACCACCACUUCCGUGGUCACCGAGGCCGUCAAGACCACCGCCUAUGCCUACUACACUAAGCCUGGCGAGGUUGAGACUGAGACUGCUGUCGAGUAUUCCACUUAUACGACUGUCUGCCCCGUCACGGAGACAAAGACAAUUGAGGGCAAGGAAAUCACAGUUGUUUACACGACUACCUCAGUUGUAAAGGAGGCCAUCAAGACGACUGUCUACGAGCACGUCAAGGCUCCCGACACCACCAAGACCGAAGUUGAUGUUGCCUACGUCACCUCGAUCAGCCUGUGCCCUGUGACGGAAACCAAGACCGUCAACGGCGAGGUUAUCACCAAGGUUUACACUUCCACUGAGUACCUCGUGUCCAAGGUGAAGACGACCAUCAAUGAGGUCAAGACCAUCUACCAGACCGCUACCGGCGUUGAGGUCUACACCCAGUACUCCAAGGUUAUCUACACCGUUGGCGGCGGUACUGUUGUCGAGACUGUCGUCCCUCAGACCACCGUCGCGGUUGCCGAGACUUCGGUAGUUACCAAGCCCCCGGUCGUCGUCACUUCGGAGGCUGCUGGUACUCCUACCUCCGCUCCCGUCAUUCCCACUGGCGCUGCUGCCGCCAACCAGCCCGCAUUUGCGCUCAUGGCUGGUGUUGUUGGUGCUCUGGCGCUCCUGUAA